UACGUGUGAUGGUGAAAUUCAUUUUAUGCAAUGAAUUGAGUCCAUUGUUCGGAGAAGAGAAACAGUUAAUCGAUUACUGUUCGAACUCAAAUUGAAUCAAUGCCAUUGUUAUCAAACCGAAGUCAUUUUUGUGUGUCUCAUUCUGUUGUCAUUUUCAAACUAAAUCGAAUUUAAGUUUCAAUAUUAUUCGUUUUCAAACUAAAUCGAAUGUGUGUUUUUUUUCUUUCAGUAGGACAAUGGCGAAUCGUUUCAAGCCAUCAAUACCAGCGGAGGGAGAGACGAAAGAUGAAAUUACGACGAUCAAAUGUGCGCUAAAGACAAUCAUUCGCCCACAAUACCAGCAAGCAUUGAUGAGCAAAAUAACGGAUCUGAGUUUGCAAGCCACUUCCAUUUGUGUUUUGGGCUCAUUGCUGUUCUUGUUUGAGGUGCAAAAGGCGUUCGAAUAUAGGCGUCGAGAACAAUAAUUUCGCAUUGUUUGGUGGAAGUGGAGAAGAUAAGAUCAAACUCUGCUUUGAACAAGUGCUAUGGCACAACAAUCAGCCACCAAAACCGAAGUCAAGGUAUAAACCAAGCGGAACAAAUCCACGGGGACCACGAGCAGAGCUGCCACGUAUCGAUCCUGAAUUCAAGGCAAUUGUCGAAGGUCUUGACGACUAUCAUCGUAUCGAUUGGCCCAACAACAAAGAUUUCAGCAAUGGGCUUAAGCAUUUGACCAAUCAGUACACAGAUAACGUCGUCACCAAUCUUGAAACGCAUGCUAACAAACACAUCACCCAGUACUUGAAACUGAAAGUGUUCGAAUUGAACUCAAACUUGGAAGAGGAUGGAGAGAAAUUUUUGCCAAGUGACAUCGAAAAUGUUGUCAAGUUGAUCAUCAAGCAAAAAGAUAUCAAAGUGCCAAGUCGCGAUCCAAACAAACUCGUACGGUGUGAGGUGUUGUAUGAUAUCGUGAGAGAUUGCAAUGUGUUCCCAGAAAUCGAUCUGCAUGACCUUACAACUGACCCAAAACAUUGGUAUAAGGCCAUGCCAAUGUACCUAUCCAUGCAGCGCGAGAUAGAAGAGUACAAUUCGGAGUGGCCACAUCAGCGCCGACCCAAACGCAAGAAAAGAAAGCGAAAAAAGACAAAAGGAAAAUGGAAACGCAAGCGCAGCCAAAUGCUCGACAACCCAGAUUUUCGGCCAUUGAUUCGAAAUUUAGUAGUGGUGCCGAUGUGUGAUUUCCGGCGUACGCACUUCAAAAUCGAUUGUUCAUCCAUGCACCAGGUGUUGUCUUCGCAAAAAUUGCUACCGAAAGUGGAAAUCGAGAAUAAAAAAGGAACAACAAGCACGAAAACGAUUCAACAAAAGGAUUUCAAUCAUUCGAGAGAUUAUUGGUGGAAUCAGUAUUUUUACAUGCGAAAAAUUCGACGAUUCGUGCGUGCCAAAAAGCAGUUUGACUAUUCCAUAAACACCGAUGGAAUCUCUGUGUCUCUCCAGUACUCGGCCAAAAAGAAGACAGCCAACAAAGAAAUCGACCAAAAAUCUCGCAUCAUUCAGAAGAUUGAGGAUGGCACAAUCAAAAAUUUUUCGGGCGUUGAUACAGGUGUGCGAAGUUGGAAUACCACAACAACACACGACAUUGAAACUGGCAAAGAAACCAACUUUGUAAUGUCGAGCAAGCAAUUCCACUGGCAAACAGGUCAAAAGGUGCGAAAUGCCAAAGCAGCGCGAUGGACCAAAAAUUUCGUCGAAAUGGAGCGCGCAGACAGAGAAAACCGUGAUCUGUAUCCAGUGAUGCCGUCGCCAAAAGGGUCAAUGUGGCUGAACUACAUCAAACACCGAGUCAAGAUGAUGAAGCAUGGAAUCUGCGCUUACUCGACUGCCAAAUACACUCGACUCGCCUUGGACAAACACAUCAAGAGCAGUAGUGUUGUCGACGAAUGGGUGAAUAAGGUGACCGAUAAGAAACCGACUCUGUUCUUUUUUGGUGCUGAUGGCGAAAUACCACCUGAUAGCCCAAUAAGUAUCAAGAAGCACGUGCGCUGCCCAGGGGUUCGUUUGACUUUGAGGUCAAUAAAGAAGCGCCGAGAUUGUUUCAUACAAUUGGUGGACGAAUGGGGAACAUCUCAAACAGACGCAAGAUGUAUGAAUCGAUUCCAAAACCAGAACAAAGCGGCCAGAUUCAAGAAAUGCCGAUGCGUACCCGACGCCAGAACAUUGCUGCCAACGAAAAUUGUGUCAAAGUUGGGCAAAACGGAUCUAUCGAUCUACCGACAGUUGCAACGCGCCAUGAACGAAGAAGCAUUGGUAGGAGACGAGCGUUUAUUCCCAAAAGUAAAAUGUUACUACAAAAACUGGCGAUUAAACCUCGAAUGCUCUGUGAUUUGGCAUCGUGACGUCGUGGCUGCUAAGAACAUUCUACUGAAAGGACUAUGGACAUUACUGGGACUUCCGAUACCAGAGGCGAUCAAUAGGUAUUGGCGCGAAGCUGCUGAAGCAGCCGCUGCUGUUGCCGCUGCUGCUGCCGCUGCUGCUGCCGCUAGAGCAACCGCUGAAGCAGCCGCUGCAGCUGUCGCCAUCGUGGAUAAUGAUGUAGAAAUGUUCGAGUACGACCAGCAGCCAGCUGAUCAUGCUGUCUAAUCAGCACAUUGCAAACAAAAAAAAAACAAA